GUUCAGGCAGAAAGCAAAGUGUCUUUCCCUCAACAUCAGAUGUUACACUCAGCUGCUGAUCCGGUUUGCCCACAGAGACCAGACACGACGGAAAAUCUGGAUGCUCCGUGAAGACACACACCACGCUGGCCAUUUCAAGAUGACAAGAAUUGCCUGGGCUAAAUUACUUCAGUGAAAGGAAACCUCAUUUGACACAUAAAAAACUUAACAGCCUGUCCUUCUCAUGAACCAAAAGAAGAGAGAGCAAAAAAGCACAAGGAGUGUCUGAGUUUUCAACAGGGCCACACGGUAUUUUCAAGCCCUUGAACAGUUUGACUGUAUUUCCCACCCUCCUGCUUGGAAACGGAGUCACAGGUUGUCAAGUGUGCUGAGUGACAAGUCUGCCUCUCUUUCCAGCCUCUGCCUUCACCAGCCACAGAAUGACCAACUCAAGCACCGCAGAGCCUCCAGCAGAGCCCUGCUCCAAGAACACUCUUAUAACCCAGCAGAUCAUCCCUGGGCUGUACUGCGUGGUCUUCGUGGCAGGCAUCCUCCUCAACGGAGUAUCGGGAUGGAUAUUCUUCUCCGUGCCCAGCUCCAAGAGCUUCAUCGUUUAUCUCAAGAACAUCGUUGUUGCUGACUUUCUGAUGGGCCUGACUAUCCCCUUCAAGGUCCUGGCCGACUCGCGUCUCGGGCCCUUGCAGCUGGCUGUGUUCGUCUGCAGAGUCUCCGCGGUCAUCUUCUACGUGAACAUGUACGUCAGCAUCGUGUUCUUCGGGCUCAUCAGCUUUGACCGCUACUUUAAGAUCGUGAAGCCGCUUUCUACAUCCUUCAUCCAGUCCGUGAACUACAGCAAACUCCUGUCGCUCGUGAUCUGGGCGCUCACGCUCUUCCUCGCUGUCCCCAACAUCAUCCUCACCAACCAGAGAGUCAGGGAGGGGAUGACACAGAUAAAAUGCAUGGAGCUGAAAAGCCAGCUGGGACGCCAGUGGCACAAAGCUUCCAACUACAUCUUCGUGGGCAUCUUCUGGGUUGUGUUCCUUUUGCUAAUCAUUUUCUACACUGCUAUCACAAGGAAAAUCUUUAAGUCCCACCUGAAAUCCAGAAGGAAUUCCAUCUCGGUCAAAAAGAAAUCCAGUCGCAACAUCUUCAGCAUCGUGUUCGUGUUCUUUGUCUGCUUUGUACCUUACCACAUCGCCAGGAUCCCCUACACUAGGAGUCAGACAGAAGCUCAUUACAGCUGUCAGGCCAAAGAGAUCCUGCUCUACGUCAAAGAAUUCACCCUGCUCCUGUCUGCCGCAAACGUAUGCCUGGACCCCAUUAUUUAUUUCUUUCUAUGCCAGCCAUUCAGAGAGAUUUUAUGUAAGAAACUGCACAUCUCACUGGCAGAUCAGAAUGAACUAGAUCCUUCCAAAACCAAAAGGGGGAAUGCAAUGCAUGAUAGCACGGAUACUUUAUGAUUCCCCACCCACUCACAGCCAAGGUCCAUGUGCGUAUGUUGUCAUCUGCAAUUACACAGGAGGAACA